UCUUCUCAAGUCUCAAUACCACUUCCACACACACACUCUCUCUCACAGACUCACAGUCCCACCUUAGCUUAAACCCUGGCCUGAACCCAAAACCCCCAUUUCAAAAACAUUCCACCUCUAAUCUAAUCAAUUCUUCAAAGAAAGAAUAUGAGCAAAAGAGUGAUAAAGACUCUUCUCUUUCACUCACUCCCUUCUUUCUCUUCCUCUCUUUCUCUCAACUCCAACCCCAAAUCUUCAUCCAUUAUCUCCCGCCAAAAUCUCCUCUCCGUCAUUUCCAGAUUCGUCUCCACCUAUUCCCCCGACAAUCUCGACGGCCUAAUCGAUCCGGACGACCCCUUUUCGCUUGAUAAUUCGCGGGUCAAACCCGUUUCAGCCGAAGAUUUUGCCUUCCUGCAGGACUCUUCCAUGGAUUCCAAUGCUGUUAGUGGGUCUUCUGGUGGAAAACUCGACUCCGGUAAGUGUUCAAAUGAUGCUGCUUUGAUAGUUAAUGCAAUUCAUAGUAAUGGUGAUGUGUUUGGUGACAAAACCCACAAGUUUCUUAGGCAGUUUAGGGACAGAUUGAAUGAGACUUUAGUGGUUGAGGUGUUGAGUCUUGUGCAAAAUCCUGAAUUGGCUGUCAAGUUUUUCAUUUGGGUGGGGCGGCAAAUUGGGUAUAGUCACACUGGAGUUGUGUAUGAUGCAUUGUUAGAGAGAUUGGGGUGUGAUAGUAAUGAGAGAAUACCGGAACAAUUUUUAGGAGAGAUUAAGGAUGAUGAUAAGGAAGUGCUUGGGAAGUUGCUAAAUUUUUUGAUUCAAAAGUGUUGCCGAAAUGGGUUGUGGAAUUUAGCAUUGGAGGAGCUUGGGAGGCUUAAGGAUUUUGGGUACAAGCCCACGAGAUGGACGUAUAAUGCAUUGGUUCAAGUGUUUCUUAAAGCCGAUCGGUUGGACACAGCUUAUUUGGUUCAUAGGGAGAUGUCGAGUUCAGGGUUUAGUAUGGAUGAGUUUACCUUAGGUUGUUUUGCACAAUCUCUCUGCAAAGCAGGGAGGUGGAGAGAAGCUCUCUCGCUGUUUGAGAAGGAAGAAAUUGUGCCCAACACAGUUCUUUAUACAAAGAUGAUAUCUGGGUUGUGUGAAGCUUCUCUUUUUGAGGAAGCUAUGGAUUUCUUGAACAGAAUGCGGACUAGUUCUUGUAUUCCCAAUGUUGUGACAUAUAGGACUUUGCUUUGUGGGUGUUUGAGGAAAAGACAGCUUGGUAGGUGUAAGAGAAUUCUUAGUAUGAUGGUCACAGAAGGUUGUUAUCCUAGUCCUAAGAUUUUUAAUUCUCUUGUUCAUGCCUUUUGCAGAUCAGGAGAUUAUUCUUAUGCCUAUAAGGUGCUUAAGAAAAUGGUCAAAUGCAGUUGCCAGCCAGGUUAUGUGGUUUACAAUAUCUUGAUUGGUGGUAUAUGUGGCAAUGAAGAAUUACCAAGCUCAGAUGUUUUAGAGUUGGCUGAGAAAGCUUAUGGUGAGAUGCUUGAUGCAGGGGUCGUAUUGAAUAAGGUCAAUAUCAGCAAUUUUGCUCGAUGUCUUUGUGGUGCUGGAAAAUUUGAGAGGGCAUAUAAUGUUAUUCGUGAAAUGAUGAGUAAGGGAUUCAUACCUGAUACUAGUACCUAUGCUAAAGUGAUUGGCUUUUUGUGUAAUGCCUCCAAGGUAGAGAAGGCCUUUUUAUUGUUUGAAGAAAUGAAAAGGAACGGUAUUGUUCCUGAUGUUUAUACAUAUACAAUUUUAAUUGAUAGUUUCUGUAAAGCUGGUCUUCUUAAACAGGCUCGCAACUGGUUUGAUGAAAUGGUAAGGGAUGGUUGUGCCCCUAAUGUGGUGACAUAUACUGCUCUUAUACAUGCCUACCUUAAAGCUAGGAAACUUUCCAAUGCAAAUGAUCUGUUUGAGAUUAUGUGUUCUGAAGGUUGCAUUCCUAAUGUUAUAACAUAUACGGCUUUGAUUGAUGGUCACUGUAAAGCUGGGGUGAUUGAAAAAGCAUGCCAAAUAUAUGCGAGAAUGAGAGGUAAUGUGGGAAUUUCUGAUGUAGAUAUGUAUUUUAGAAUUGAUGAUGGCAAUUCCAAAGAGCCAAAUGUGUUUACAUAUGGAGCAUUGGUUGAUGGUUUGUGCAAAGCUCACAAGGUCAAAGAGGCCCGUAACCUGUUGGAUGCUAUGUCAGUGGAAGGCUGUGAGCCAAACCAUAUCGUGUAUGAUGCUCUUAUAGAUGGAUUCUGCAAGGCUGGGAAGCUAGAUGAUGCACAAGAGGUGUUUGCUAAGAUGUCAGAGCAUGGAUAUAGUUCUAAUGUCUAUACUUACAGCUCUUUGAUUGACAGGUUGUUUAAGGAUAAAAGACUGGAUCUUGCUUUGAAAGUCUUGUCCAAAAUGCUAGAAAAUUCUUGUGCGCCAAAUGUUGUCAUAUACACAGAGAUGAUUGAUGGCCUCUGUAAAGUUGGAAAGAUAGAUGAAGCCUAUAAGCUUAUGCUAAUGAUGGAAGAAAAGGGGUGUUAUCCAAAUGUUGUGACUUAUACUGCAAUGAUAGAUGGCUUUGGGAAAGUGGGUAAAGUAGAAAAAUGUCUUGAGCUCUUGAGAGAAAUGGGCUCAAAGGGUUGUGCUCCAAAUUUUGUCACCUACAGGGUUCUUAUAAAUCACUGUUGUGCCACUGGCCUUCUGGAUGAGGCUCAUAAACUCUUGGAUGAAAUGAAACAGACAUAUUGGCCAAGGCAUAUAUCAAGCUACUGUAAGGUCAUUGAAGGUUUCAACCGAGAGUUUAUUAUCUCACUUGGGCUUUUAGAUGAGAUCAGUGAGAAUGAUUCUGUUCCUAUCGUUCCAGUAUACAGAAUACUGAUUGAUAGUUUUAUUAAGGCUGGGAGAUUAGAAUCAGCUCUGGAGCUGCAUGAAGAGAUUCCAUCAUUUUUCCCUUUAAAAGCUGCCAGCAAGAAUAUGUAUAUUUCUUUGAUUGAGAGCCUCUCCCGUGCAGGUAAACUCGUUAAGGCUUUUGAGCUGUACACAGAUAUGGUAAGGAUGGGUGGUGUUGCAGAGCUGAGCACAUUUGUUCACCUUAUUAAAGGGCUCAUCAAUAUUAACAAGUGGGAAGAAGCACUUCAACUGUCAGAUAGCAUAUGUCAGAUGGAUAUCCAUUGGCUUCAACAAGAAGAUACAUCUUCCAGAAAUUAGGCUUUUGAGCAUAUCUAUAUUUUUUUCUCAAGGUUGAUGUGAUAGCAUAAUGGUGCAUGUUAAAGUUUUUGCUCAGAUAAUGACUACAUUGGUGGAAACUCUUGAUGCGCACAUGAAAUUCCUAGGAGGUGAUAGGCUGAUAGCUAUUGCAUAAUUUGCAUUGCAAUGAAAUGAGUAUAAAAAAAUAUGGACGUCUUUGAUUGACUGUUUGAAGCAACUAGAAGCUGAAAUAAAGCUUGGGGGAAAUAUUUUGCCUUUCAAUUAUUCAUUCUCAUAAUGUUGCUGAUGCGGCUUAUUAGGUAUGAUGCGAGUCAGUGUUGCUAAAACUGAUUUACUUCUUCAGUCUCAUAAAGUUGCUGAUGCGGCUUAUUGGGUAUGAUGCGAGUUAGUGCUACUAAAACUGGUUUACUUCUGCAAUACCCUCCAUUGAAUUUGUUAAGAUAGCCUUCGAUUGUGAUAAGGACUUCUGAGGUAUUGGUUCUAUCUUCUUUCUUGUGCAGCUUUGACACUGAUGAUGACAAUACAUGCAUAGACACUGAGAAACACACCUACAAAUUAUCACACUUUUCCCCCACUCUUGCCUGGGAAUGUAGUCACAUGAAUUUGAAUUUAAUUGACUGUUUGGUCUCAUUGAUGAUUGGAAAUACUUUCUUUCCCACAAAAAGGCCUAUUUCAAUAUAGAUCACAACAUGGAUCUAAUCAAUUUUAAUUUAUGGAGUAAUGUCAGCAAGAUUUGUAUUAUUUCACUGGAGAUUCUAAUGACAUGUUGAUGCAAAUUUGUAUUGCAUGUGAAUGAAAUUUUUAUACAGAACAGAUUGGUGCUUUUGCCAUCUACAUAUUCUCUUAAA